AGCCAAGCGGAAAAAGAGGGAUGAGGAUGAGGACGAUAAUGAUGAUGGGUGCUUGAAGGAGCCCAAGUCCUCGGGACAGCUCAUGGCUGAGUGGGGCCUUGAUGAUGUUGACUACCUGUUUUCGGAGGAAGACUACCACACGCUGACCAACUACAAGGCCUUCAGCCAGUUCCUCCGACCGCUUAUUGCCAAGAAGAACCCGAAGAUUCCCAUGUCCAAAAUGAUGACCGUCUUGGGGGCCAAGUGGCGAGAAUUCAGUGCCAACAACCCCUUCAAGGGUAGCUCAGCAGCAGCAGCUGCAGCAGCUGUGGCUGCGGCCGUGGAAACUGUGACUGUCGCUCCUCCACUGGCCAUCAGUCCCCAGCAGGUGCCCCAGCCUCUGCCCAUCCGCAAGGCCAAGACCAAAGAGGGCAAGGGGCCUGGAGUGAGGAAGAAGAACAAAGGUGCCAAAGACUCCAAGAAAAAGGGCAGGGGCAAGAGAGUGGCAGGGCUCAAGUUCCGCUUUGGAGGGAUCAGCAAGAGGAAGAAGGGAUCCUCGAGCGAGGAGGAUGAACACGAGGACUCCGAUUUGGACAACGCCAGCAUCCACAGCUCUUCCGUGCGCUCCGAGUGCUCUGCAGCCCUGGGCAAGAAGAACAAGAGGAGGCGCAAGAAGAAGAGGAUUGAUGAUGGUGACGGCUAUGAGACAGACCACCAGGACUACUGUGAGGUGUGCCAGCAGGGCGGGGAGAUCAUUCUGUGUGACACCUGCCCCAGAGCUUACCACCUGGUCUGCCUGGAUCCGGAGCUGGAGAAGGCUCCCGAGGGCAAGUGGAGCUGCCCACACUGUGAGAAGGAGGGGAUCCAAUGGGAGCCGAAGGAGGACGAUGAGGAAGAGGAGGAGGGCGGCUGCGAGGAGGAGGAGGAUGACCACAUGGAGUUCUGCCGCGUGUGCAAGGACGGUGGCGAGCUCCUGUGUUGUGAUGCCUGUCCCUCUUCCUACCACCUGCACUGCCUCAACCCACCGCUGCCCGAGAUCCCGAACGGUGAAUGGCUCUGCCCGCGCUGUACAUGUCCGCCACUGAAGGGCAAAGUUCAGCGAAUCCUACACUGGAGGUGGACAGAACCCCCAGCUCCCUUUAUAGUGGGGCUGCCGGGACCAGAGGUGGAGCCUGGCAUGCCCCCGCCCAAGCCUCUGGAGGGCAUUCCUGAGAGAGAGUUCUUUGUCAAGUGGGCUGGGCUCUCCUACUGGCACUGCUCCUGGGUGAAGGAGCUACAGCUGGAGCUGUACCACACCGUGAUGUAUCGCAACUACCAAAGAAAGAAUGAUAUGGAUGAGCCGCCUCCCUUCGAUUACGGUUCUGGCGACGAGGACGGCAAGAGCGAGAAGCGGAAGAGCAAGGACCCCCUCUAUGCCAAGAUGGAGGAACGGUUCUACCGCUAUGGCAUCAAGCCCGAGUGGAUGAUGGUCCACCGUAUCCUAAACCACAGCUUCGACAAGAAGGGAGACGUGCACUACCUGAUCAAGUGGAAGGACCUGCCCUAUGACCAGUGCACCUGGGAGAUCGACGACAUUGACAUUCCCUACUAUGACAACCUGAAGCAGGCCUACUGGGGCCACAGGGAAAUGAUGCUGGGAGAGGACGCCAGGCUGCCCAAGAGGCUGGUCAAGAAGGGCAAGAAGUUGAAGGACGAUAAGCAAGAGAAGCCACCAGACACGCCCAUUGUGGACCCCACAGUCAAGUUUGACAAGCAGCCGUGGUACAUCGACUCCACAGGAGGCACUCUACACCCUUACCAGCUGGAGGGCCUCAACUGGUUACGCUUCUCCUGGGCCCAGGGCACCGACACCAUCCUGGCUGACGAGAUGGGCUUGGGCAAGACAGUGCAGACCAUUGUGUUCCUCUAUUCCCUAUACAAGGAGGGCCACUCCAAGGGCCCUUAUCUCGUCAGCGCGCCCCUGUCCACCAUCAUCAACUGGGAGCGGGAGUUCGAGAUGUGGGCACCCGACUUCUACGUGGUCACCUACACGGGAGACAAGGAGAGCCGCUCUGUGAUCCGUGAGAACGAGUUUUCCUUUGAGGACAACGCCAUCCGAGGUGGGAAGAAAGUGUUCCGCAUGAAGAAGGAAGUGCAGAUCAAAUUCCACGUGCUGCUCACCUCCUAUGAGCUCAUCACCAUUGACCAGGCCAUCCUGGGCUCCAUCGAGUGGGCCUGCCUUGUGGUAGAUGAGGCUCACCGGCUUAAGAACAACCAGUCCAAGUUCUUUAGGGUCCUGAACAGCUACAAGAUUGACUACAAGCUGCUGCUGACAGGGACCCCCCUCCAGAACAACCUGGAAGAGCUGUUCCAUCUCCUCAACUUCCUGACUCCAGAGAGGUUCAACAAUCUGGAAGGCUUCUUGGAGGAAUUUGCUGACAUCUCCAAGGAAGACCAAAUCAAAAAGCUGCAUGACCUGCUGGGGCCACACAUGCUUCGGCGGCUCAAGGCUGACGUGUUCAAGAACAUGCCGGCAAAGACAGAGCUGAUUGUCCGCGUGGAGCUGAGUCAGAUGCAGAAGAAGUACUACAAGUUCAUCCUCACGCGGAACUUCGAAGCACUCAACUCCAAGGGGGGCGGCAACCAGGUGUCUCUGCUCAACAUCAUGAUGGACCUGAAAAAGUGCUGCAACCACCCAUACCUCUUCCCUGUGGCUGCUGUGGAGGCCCCUGUAUUGCCCAACGGCUCCUACGAUGGCAGCUCCCUGGUCAAGUCUUCAGGGAAGCUCAUGCUGCUGCAGAAGAUGCUCAAGAGGCUGCGGGAUGAAGGACAUCGAGUGCUGAUCUUCUCCCAGAUGACCAAAAUGUUGGACCUCUUGGAGGACUUCCUGGAGUACGAGGGCUACAAGUAUGAGCGGAUCGACGGGGGCAUCACUGGGGGCCUCCGGCAAGAGGCCAUCGACAGAUUCAAUGCUCCUGGGGCCCAGCAGUUUUGCUUCCUGCUCUCCACACGUGCCGGCGGCCUGGGCAUCAAUCUGGCCACAGCAGACACCGUUAUCAUUUAUGACUCGGACUGGAACCCACACAACGACAUCCAGGCCUUCAGCCGCGCUCACCGCAUCGGGCAGAACAAGAAGGUGAUGAUCUACCGCUUCGUGACACGGGCCUCUGUGGAGGAGCGCAUCACUCAGGUGGCCAAGCGCAAGAUGAUGCUCACCCACCUGGUGGUGCGGCCCGGCCUGGGCUCCAAGUCGGGCUCCAUGACCAAGCAGGAGCUGGACGACAUCCUGAAGUUCGGGACAGAGGAGCUCUUCAAGGAUGACAUGGAGGGCAUGGUGUCCCAGGGCCAGAGGCCUGCCACACCCACCCCUGACAUACAGUCCUCCAAGGGCGGAUCUCUGGCUGCCAGUGUGAAGAAAAAGCAUGGCAGUACCCCACCAGGUGACAACAAGGAUGUGGAAGAUAGCAGUGUGAUCCACUAUGAUGACGCAGCCAUAUCCAAGCUGCUGGAUCGGAACCAGGAUGCCACGGAUGACACGGAGCUGCAGAACAUGAACGAGUACCUGAGCUCCUUCAAGGUGGCACAGUAUGUGGUCCGGGAGGAAGACGGCGUGGAGGAGGUGGAGCGGGAGGUGAUUAAGCAGGAGGAGAAUGUGGACCCGGACUACUGGGAGAAGCUGCUGCGCCAUCACUAUGAGCAGCAGCAAGAGGACCUGGCCCGAAACCUGGGCAAGGGCAAGCGCAUCCGCAAGCAGGUCAACUACAACGAUGCCUCUCAGGAGGACCAGGAAUGGCAGGACGAGCUCUCGGACAACCAGUCGGAGUAUUCCCUCGGCUCCGAGGACGAGGACGAGGACUUUGAGGAGAGGCCGGAAGGGCAGAGUGGACGGCGACAGUCCCGGAGGCAGCUGAAGAGUGACAGAGACAAGCCCCUGCCACCUCUUCUGGCUCGAGUUGGGGGCAACAUUGAGGUGCUGGGCUUCAAUGCCAGGCAGCGGAAGGCUUUCCUGAAUGCCAUCAUGCGCUGGGGCAUGCCUCCUCAGGAUGCCUUCAACUCCCACUGGCUGGUGCGGGACCUCCGUGGGAAGAGUGAGAAGGAGUUUAGAGCCUAUGUGUCCCUCUUCAUGCGGCACCUGUGUGAGCCUGGGGCAGACGGUGCGGAGACCUUCGCAGACGGCGUGCCCCGGGAGGGCCUGUCCAGGCAGCACGUGCUCACGCGGAUUGGGGUCAUGUCGCUGGUUAGGAAGAAGGUGCAGGAGUUUGAGCAUGUCAAUGGGAAGUACAGCACCCCAGACCUGGUCCCCGAGGGGCCUGAGGGCAAGAAGCCUGGCGAGGUGAUCUCCUCGGACCCCAACACGCCCGUGCCAGCCAGUCCUGCACAGCUCCCACCGGCCCCACUGGGCUUGCCAGACAAAAUGGAGGCCCAGCUGGGCUACAUGGAGGAGAAGGAAUCAGGCAUGCAGAAGCCAAAGAAGUCCCUGGAAAUCCAGGCCCUGCCAACUGCCCUGGACAGAGCAGAGGGUGAAGAUAAGCAUCAGAGCACAGACAGCAAGGACAGAGCUCGGGAGGAGAGGAUGGAGGAGGUGGAGAAUGCCCAGGGCUCUCCAGAGCAGCCACUGAAAGAGGAAGUCCUGCCAGACAAGGAGCCAAUCUCAGACAAGCUGGAGCUGAGCCUGAGCCACAGCAGCGACUUCAGGCCAGAUGACCCCAAGGCUGAGGAGAAGGAACCCGUGGAGACACAGCAAAACGGUGACAGAGAGGAAGACGAGGAGGGGAAGAAAGAUGACAAGAAUGGGAAAUUCAAGUUCAUGUUCAACAUCGCAGAUGGGGGGUUCACAGAACUGCACACACUGUGGCAGAAUGAGGAACGGGCCGCUGUGUCCUCGGGGAAAAUCUACGAAAUCUGGCACCGCCGCCAUGACUACUGGCUGCUGGCGGGCAUCGUGACGCAUGGCUAUGCCCGCUGGCAGGACAUUCAGAAUGACCCUCGAUACAUGAUCCUAAAUGAACCCUUCAAGUCUGAGAUCCAUAAGGGCAACUAUUUGGAAAUGAAGAACAAAUUUUUGGCCCGCAGGUUCAAGCUGCUGGAGCAGGCACUGGUGAUUGAGGAGCAGCUCCGGAGGGCAGCGUACCUCAACAUGACCCAGGAUCCCAACCACCCAGCCAUGGCACUCAACGCCCGCCUGGCAGAGGUGGAGUGCCUUGCUGAGAGCCACCAGCACCUGUCCAAGGAGUCCCUCGCUGGGAACAAGCCUGCCAACGCUGUGCUGCACAAGGUCCUGAACCAGCUGGAGGAACUGCUGAGCGACAUGAAGGCGGAUGUGACUCGCCUGCCCUCCAUGUUGUCACGUAUCCCCCCGGUGGCCGCCCGUCUGCAGAUGUCUGAGCGCAGUAUCCUGAGUCGCCUGACCAACCGUGCUGGUGACCCCACCAUCCAGCAGACAUCUAGCCGUCCUCGUGACUUCUCCCUGUUGCAGCGCUCCUUUCCAGCUGAGCCGGGCCGCCUGCUCAGCCCCCAUGGGGGAGAAGCUACAGCCCUUUUAGGAGCUGGUGUUGGAAUACAAAAGGGAAAUCAAGCAAUUCUAUCACACAGAGGACGAGGCCCAGCCUGGCUGCACAGGAGUCCAGAAGUGCCACCUCAUCCUAGCUGAAGUGUUCUUCCACACAGCAUCCCAUCCACAGCCACGCCGGGCAAGGCCCUGACACCUUUUCCAGAGGGACUUACUUAGAGGAAAUUCCAUUUACCUGUACUUUUUUUGCACUUUCCUACCGAAGAUGCGAGCGUAUUUGUCUUGAUAAAAAAGUUGGAUGACGUGUGGAAGAUUCAGACUCACAGCAACCCCUGUCUGUCACCAGGCUCCAGACCUCAAGGGAAAGAUCUCUGGAGGCCUUUGGUGCUGCUCUGUGGACUCACUCCGGCUGGGGAGAAUGCAGCAGCCUGUUCUGGAAGCCCUUAGUAUGUCCCCUGCCCCUGUCUGUACCUGUGUGACUGCCCUUCUGCUCCAGCCUGCUCGGGACCCUUGCGCUACGGGGAACCAGGUCUGGAGAGUGGCUGCCUAGCCUGGUGAUGCUCAGGUUGGGGACCACCAGGCACAUUCCAUCUCCUGGCAGGGGCAUGUAUCUCAAGGGCUCUUGGCUCUGUUGUUUCCAGUGAACAAAUGGUGGCCCCACUGAUGUGUGGCAGAGAGGGUGGGACAGACCCAGAGCUGAGCCAAAGCCCCUGAUGGGGCUUCUGGAUGUUUGCUGUCUGCAGGAGUGUGGUGUAGGCAGGUGGGAGCUGGCACUCCAGGAACGAGGGUCGUUUUUUGUUGAGUGGACCUGGAAGACUUGUUCCACUCACCGUGGCACAGACUUCCUUGUUCACAGAAUCCUGGGCACGGAUGCCAAGGAGCCAGUCCCUCCUGGGCCUGGGCAUGUCUCUGCUGUCUUGGUUCUAGAGAGGCCUUGACUAGGGCAACUGCUGCAUGAAGGUAGGGGCCAUAAGGGCCCUUGCUGGUUCUCAGAGGGUGCGCACAGAGCUGUGUGUGGAGGUGGGACUCUGGACCUGAGGGCUUCUUUAGAUCCUUCCUAGCUGGAGCUAUCAAGGCUCUGGCCUCAUUUCCUGCAGGGAUGCCUUGGAGAGCCAGGACCAUCUCCCCUUGUCAGUGUUGGCACGCCAACUUGUCUUGCUCCAUCCCAGCCUGCGGGCACAAUGUCAUGGCCCAUGCUGGGGUGUGGGUGGGGUGGAUCCUGCCAGGCUGUGAGCCCGUGUCGGAGCUGCAUCUGGCUCAACUGGAGACUUCCAAGCCCUAGUCAUGGCACUUCCCAGGCAGGUGCCCUGGGGUUCAGUAUACUCUGAAGACGAGGAAGGGGCUUGUGGGGAGAAGCCAGUUGGGUUUGAGGGAGCUUGGAGGGGCUAGACUCUCCUGCCUGGGAAAGGAGUGGAGGUAUGCAGCGUCUCCAGGCCCGCCAGGAAUGGGGGCAGGUCUCCAAGGCUUGUCUUGAGGACACUUGGGCAGGUGCCUAGCCUUUCCUUAGCCCAGAUGUGCACGUCUGUAACAUAGUUCCUCCUCUGAACCCCUGGAGGGCUGGACCCCCACGGCUUCUUCCAUUGUGACACCUCCCACACUUGAGUCUCUAUCUGAAUCUUAAGGCCAGCGACUGUCCACACACUGUGGGUAGGCAGAGGGCUGGGGGCUCUGGUCACAGACAGGACAUCUGCAGGCUUGAGUAUAUUAUAGUGGCUGACCCCCACUCUCUUAAGAAGGGCUGUCCCCUGCAUGGGAGUGGCUGCCAUAGCUUGCUCCCCAACCCCAGGGCCUCUGUGUUAAUCCCACUGGGCCAGGUGGUCAUCAGCCCUGUUGGCCCCAUUCGGAACUGUGUUUGCCUCCUUUGCCACACGUGACAGGUCCUGAGACAUGGGCCUAGAGGCACAUGUGGGACAGAACAGAGUCUGUGUCCUUGACUCUACUUCAGGGGCUCAUCACUUCUCCAAUGACUUCUCCCAGGAGUCUGGCUUUGUCCCUCCAUCUCUGCUGCUUCCUAGAGCAAACCCUGUUGGCCUUCUCUCUGCAGCUAGCUUGACCUGAGCCCCCUGCUGGCCUGGGAGGGUCUAUGUUCCCUGUGACCAGCACUGGGAGGCUUUGGAGGGUAAACUGGCCCAGGCAGCUGGAGAGAAGACAAAACCCCUUCAGGGUGCCCUCACCUUGGUCCCUCAGCUGUCUCCUGCUAGCCAAUGAUGGACAGAGGCAACAUUUUGAGGUGGCUCUCAUUUUGCUGCUGAUAGAAUUGGGUCCUCAUGCUCAAGCUGUCAGAGCUGCAGCGACACAUUUCCAGACACUCUGACUCACUUCCUCUGCUUCCGAUACCCCAGGGCCACCUGUGAGCCAGGGCUCUCUCCCUCACCUUCUGGGUCCCCCUCACCCAUGUGGGUUGACAGGCUCAGUAACACCUGCAACCAGUUAGGUCUUGUGUCCCAGGACUUUUCAGGUCCUGCAGGGGCCACGCUGGGAAUGGACAGGUAUUGAUGCUUGGAACUUCUAGUAUGUGCCAAGGACGGGGACUGGGGGCCUAGCCUGACCCUCCACCUUCAUUGUCCUGACAUUCCCACAAAGGGUGGAUGGCCGCCCCGUGCGCUCCUGCACAGAGCACAGCGUGGAGGAAGCCACCUGCCCGAUCUAUAUACCCGGAAGUUUACAGCCCAAAGUCGUCGGUGUCCUUGUGUUCAUGGGUAUUUUCCCUCUUUAUUUUCAGAUUUUUUUU